CUAUACAGCCGUACAGACGGUGAUAUUUGACCAUGAGUUCGUCAGAAUUUAAGUACAGUGCCCCAUUUGAGGCAACGGAUGAAGUGAAGGCGGCAUUUGACAAAAAUGGAUACAUCAUUGUUAGAGGCAUUCUGGCGCCCGAAGAGCUGAAUAGGUUAAAGAAAGUGUUGGAGGAAAAUAAAGACAUUGAGAGUCAUCAAUGGGCGACGGAUGAUGGUGAAGGGAGAAAAUCAAGACUAACUGCCUGGCUAUAUCCAGGAAAUGACGUCACUGGGAUGUAUGCCAGAAGUCAUCGGAUGGUAGAUACAGUCAGUAAGAUACUGGUACAAGAACAGCUUACUCUACCCACAUCUGAUGAGUGUAAUGAUACUGAUAUGCUAUAA